AUGGGAACAGAAACAGGCCAAGCAAGCAGACAUUUUGACAGGCAACCCGCACAAGAUGGGGCAUUCCCAGACAUUCUACGUGAGGACGGCAUUGCCGAAGCUGGCAACGAAGAUGAUGGGUAUUCAGAGAAAGAAUUGUCAACGUCCUUGGCCCAAACCAUCCGAGAGCUAGAACGAUUGGUGGAAGAAGCCGUCCAGCUUGCUGAAAGUGCCGCGUCUCAAAAUGACAGCCAUGGGCCGGAACGACGUGACGGAUAUAGUCUCAGCCCGCCACACCGGCCGCCGCUAGGUCUCGCAAAGAAGAUCAGUAAAUACCUGGAAGAAGUCUCCUCGAGAACGAACGACUGCCCCCCGUCCCCCAAAACGAGCCAGGCUCUCAAGUCCCAAGUGUCUGACAAAGAGACGGAGGACGCCAUUUUUCGCUGCCAAGGGGCAUGCAGUACCGAUAACUUACAAGUGCUCCCUCCAGAACCAGUCGCGGACUCUCUAGAGGAGAGGAAGAAAAAAUUGUCAAGGGAUAGAGGAUCAACAACAUUGCCUUCAAACCCCAAAAAAGGACCAGUCCGGUUCCUAGCACCUCCUCAAAUUGGCCCUCGCAUCGCAUCCGCCAAAGGCAUUGCAGGAAGCAGAUCUCUUGCGUCGAAGCCAACACCUAGCCUGACAUUGAAUGGUGGGGACCAGGCUGUCGAUUUCGAUGAAGACAAGGAGCCGCUAUUGGGCACCCCUCGGCCAGGUCACGAGAGGCAUUUCAGUCAGAUGUUUGGCAUUCCUUCCCGACAUGUGAGCAUCAACAUGGCUCAUGCGUCGCCGUGGCCCUCGUACAAGGUCGAUCUCAAUGGUGUACAGCAUGUCGACCUCCCGGAGCAAGCAUCAGAUGUGGAUGUUCAUACCACUUGUCACCAGGCACCCGUGGCUCGCAACUGGCCAACCUCUCGAAAGCGAUUCGCUGCGGUCGUGAGCUGCAUCAAUGUCGCCUGUCUUGGUUUGCUUGUCGGCAUAUACGCAGGAGAGGUGCCGGCAAUCCAGUACGUCAUUGUCGACUUCAACCGUCAGGUUAUUCUUGGAAAUCUCUACCUCUACCUUGGACUUGCCAUUCCGACUUUGGUAUUGUGGCCGCUCCCCCUGUUGCACGGACGGAAACCCUACACCCUAGCAGCACUCACAUUGGCGUUAUGCUUGCAGAUACCUCAGGGACUGAUGGUCACGACAUCCAGAUCGCCAGAUUCAGCAAUAUACCGCAUCGUUCUGCUCCUGUCUCGCGGUUUGUCGGGCUUCGUUCUUGGAUUUGCGGACAUCAAUAACUUCGCGACACUGCUAGAUGUCUUCGGUGCAUCGCUACAGAGCAGUGAUUCGCAUGAGCCCCCUGAUGCGUACGAUGUCCGCCGGCAUGGAGGUGGAAUGGGAGUUUGGCUCGCAAUUUGGUCAUGGUGCACUGUUGGCUCCAUCAGUAUUGGAUUUCUAAUUGGAACCCUCGUCAUAAGCGACACUUCAGUCGACUGGGGCUUUUGGAUUUCCUUGCUCCUGCUGUUGGCUGUCAUUCUGCUCAACCUCAUCGCGCCAGAAGUGCGUCGAUCGGCGUUUCGGCGAACAAUUGCAGAAAUCACAGGCGAGGGUGGGAGCUUCAGCAGAGUUGCUCGUGGCGAAGUCAAACUUCAUCUCACCGGGAAUGGGCCGUACUGGUGGGGUGAAGAGGUCAUGGCAGGGCUGCGGCUGAGUUGGCGAAUGGCCAAACAACCAGGAAUGUUGAUACUGUCCAUUUAUGCUGCUUGGGUAUAUGCACAAUUUACCCUGGUGUUGAUGUUGCUCGGAGCCUUGGCCUCCACCGAGUAUCUCUGCCAACCAGAUCAAGUGGGACUAUGCGUGCUUUCCCUGGCCUUUGGCUCAGCUUUGGCAAUACCAUUUCAGAAAGCAUCUUGGCUGAGUCGUGCUCGGUAUCAUCGUCCUCGUACAGACAGCAUGACCUUUCAAAAGGCCAUGAUAUGGCGGUCACACACGGUUCGCCGGACAUUCUUCACAGUUUUUCUCGCUCUGGUAGCUAUUGGAUACGCCCUAUCAUCAAGAAGACCCCCUUUCCCCAUCGCCGUGCCAUGUCUGUUUGCGGCAUUUGUUGGGUUUGGCUCAAACUUGGCUAUUGCAGAGUGUUAUGCUCAAAUGAUGCUCACCUUCGACACAUCGGACUUGCAACCAGGCAUGACUGGACGCCCUGUGCGGACAUUAGUGACAGGACGAACGCGUGAACUACGCACGAAUUUCUCCUGCUAUCCUUGA